AUGAAUAUACAUUCGUAUGAUAACUUCACAUUUUCAUAUGGUGAUAAUGAUAUGAAUGAAAUUCUACCUGAAAAAUUAAUUGAAAGAAUAAAUAGGAGAGUUAGACAAGUUGGUAUAGCUGAUACAACAAUAAAUAAUGAUGGACUGGGAAACGAAACAACGACAUUUAAACCAUCAACAUAUUCCAAUACUAUUUCAGUGACAACGGAAUCAACAAUUUCUACAAUGGAGACGACUACUCAAUCGACUAUUGGUAUAUUAAAUUUGUUUUUCUGUUAA